CUACACGAGUUAAAAACAGACCUGGUCGCAGUCCGCUGAGCAGAUCUUCUCGGCGCCUCGGUGGUUGAACCGUUCUUGUUUUCUUCUUAGUCUUCACGGAGUCGGUUCGUAUAUUAUAUUAUCCAAGAAAAUGGCUGAGGGACAGAAGGGGAAAUCAUUCCUGGACAAAUAUCCGGUCUUCUUCAAAAUGUCCAGUCACCAGUUUGCCGAGAUCUGGCAGCACUUCGACGCUGAUGGGAGCGGCCAUAUCGAGGGGAACGAGCUGGAUAACCUGUUCAAGGAGCUGCUGCAGAAGCUGGGCAGUACCGACAUAAGCCCGGAGGAGGUCAACUUUACCAGGGAGGCGUUCCUUUCAACCUAUGACGUCACCGGGGACGGGAAGAUUGACGUGUACGAGCUGGCCACCAUCAUCAUGCCGCCAGACGAGAACUUCCUGUUCGCCUUCCACCGUAAACAUCCUCUGGACUCCAGUGUAGAGUUUAUGCGGCUGUGGCGGAAGUAUGACGUGGACUGCAGCGGCUACAUCAGCACUGAGGAACUCAAGAACUUCCUGAAGGACCUGAUGGAGCAGUCGCAGAAGCAGGCCAGUGAUGAGGAAGUGGAGGGCUACACCAUCACUAUGCUGGAGAUAUUUGACAAGAACAAAGACGGUAACCUGGAGCUGCAGGAGAUGGCACGACUGCUUGCUCUGAGGGAAAACUUUUUGCUGCAGCUGAAGGACUCGGCAAAGUCACCAGAAGAGCGGAAAAGGGACUUUGAGAAGGUUUUUGCAUACUACGAUGAGAGCAAAACUGGAUCGCUAGAGGGGGUUGAAGUGGAUGCCUUUGUCAAAGAUUUGAUGGAUCUCAUUAAGCCCAACCUGACCAUGCAGCAGAUAGAAGACUACAAGGAGGCAAUACUGAAACACGUGGACAAGAACAAAGACAACAAGCUCCAGAAGAAGGAGCUGGCCAUGUGCCUUGGUGUCCGGCUUUAGAGGCGCCACCUUGCGGCUUGCUGGAAGCAUGCACUCUCCUCCAUAUCUGUGUUGUAGCUAUUCUAUAACUUCAUAAAAAUGUUUCUUAUACUGUUAGAAAUUUUGUGUUGUAAGUGUAGCAUUUGCAUGUGUGUCUAGAAUAAGCUGUCAUGAAAUACAUGAUGAAAAUCUUUGUACCGGUAAGUGGAAGUGUUAAGCUAAAAGUUUAUCUGUGUUGGUAUAAGUCAUGCU